AUGGAAAAUCGUUCAUUCCAAGAUGAAGAACGUGCGAACACUGUGGAAUCGCAAUUGAAGGAAGCGCAAUUAUUAGCCGAAGAAGCUGAUCGCAAAUACGAUGAGGUAGCUCGUAAAUUAGCUAUGGUUGAAGCUGAUUUGGAACGAGCUGAAGAACGUGCUGAAGCCGGUGAAAAAAAAGCACGUGAAAUGGAACGGGAAUUGGUUGCUGUAGGAAUGAAUUUGAAAACAUUGGAAGUUCAUGAGGAACGUGCUCUUCAACGUGAAAAUUCUUUCUCCGAUCAUAUACAAUGCUUACAGGAUCGGAUUAAAGAGGUGAAAAUGGUGAAAAUAUUGGGCAAAAUUGUGGAAUUGGAAGAAGAGCUUCGUGUUGUUGGCAAUAAUUUGAAAUCUCUGGAAGUAUCUGAAGAGAAAGCUCUACAGCGUGAAGAUUCGUACGAGGAACAAAUUCGUACAGUUUCAGCACGUUUAAAGGAGGCAGAAACUCGAGCGGAAUUUGCUGAACGAUCAGUGCAGAAAUUGCAAAAGGAAGUUGACAGACUUGAAGAUGAGUUAUUAAUCGAGAAGGAACGUGUACGUAAUUUAACGGAAGAGAUCGAGCAAACCGUCCAGGAGAUUCAAACCUCCUGA